AUGGGUGACUGGAGCUUUCUGGGGCGUCUGCUGGAGAACGCCCAGGAGCACUCUACGGUGAUUGGCAAGGUGUGGCUGACGGUGCUGUUCAUUUUUCGGAUCCUGGUGCUGGGCGCCGCAGCAGAGGACGUGUGGGGAGACGAGCAGUCCGACUUCACCUGCAACACGCAGCAGCCGGGGUGCGAGAACGUGUGUUACGACCAGGCCUUCCCCAUCUCGCACAUCCGUUUCUGGGUCCUGCAGAUCAUCUUUGUGUCCACGCCUACGCUCAUCUACCUGGGUCACGUGCUGCACAUUGUACGCAUGGAGGAGAAGCGUAAGGAAAAGGAGGAGGAACAGCGAAAAUCCAACAGAUUCCAGGCAGAGGAGAAGGAGCUGCUGUUCAGGAGUAGCAGUAGCGGUGGGGGGGACCAGGGUAGCGGCAAAAGAGUGAAACCCCCAAUCCGUGAUGAGCACGGCAAAAUCCGCAUCCGGGGGGCUCUGCUGCGCACGUACGUCUUCAACAUCAUCUUCAAGACCCUGUUCGAGGUAGGCUUCAUCCUGGGCCAGUACUUCCUAUAUGGAUUCCAGCUGAGGCCCCUGUACAAGUGCGCCCGCUGGCCCUGCCCCAACAAAGUGGACUGCUUCAUCUCACGGCCCACUGAGAAGACAAUCUUUAUCAUCUUCAUGCUGGUGGUGGCCUGCGUCUCACUCUUCCUUAACCUACUGGAGAUCUACCACUUGGGUUGGAAGAAGCUCAAGCAGGGCAUGACCAACGGAGCCAUCUCGGACCAGGAGUCGGUGCGCCGACCCGCCGGUUCCGUUGUCCCCGAGCCACAGUGCUCAACCCCCAGGACCGGGGGCGGCUACCCAAGCAAGUACACGGACGUGGCGGCCGGCAGCGGGGCUUUUCUGCCCCGGCCCGAGUUUAAGAUGGACAACUUGCAGCAAGAGGAGGCUCUCCGCCAACACGGGCCCGCUGCCCACUAUUACAUCAGCAAUAAUAACCACAGGCUGGCCGCCCAGCAGAACUGGGCUAACCUAGCCACUGAGCAGCAGACUCGGGAGAUGAAGGCAACCUCCCCUACGCCUUCUUCUUCCUCAUCCAACCUGCCACCCACGGCAGACGCCGCACCAGCCGGCAGCCCAAGUACCAGUCCGAGUACCCGCAGCAGUCCAGACUCUAAUGUCAAUGAGUCUGAUGAUGGCCGCUUUAGCACCACUACAGUAGAGAUGCACAAACCCCCUUCAACAGCCUCCCAGGACCCUCGACGGCUGAGUCGGGCCAGCAAGAGCAGUAGUGUACGGGCCAGACCCGAUGACUUGGCGGUAUAA